UAGACGUGAUGCUAAGUGCGCUGCGGAUUGAGAGAGUUUAACACAACACCUUUAAACGUCGUGUCUUAAAACAAAAGUACAUUAAUUAUCCAAAAGGUAGACACGGUAUACUUUUAUCAGACAUCCCUCUUCGAAGUUUGAAUGAGACAGACGAGGCAGUGACGCAGAUGUGCGGACCAUGCAUUAUUCUGCUGAAGAAGUUGCCAGAAGUGGGAGCAAAUAGACGGACGGCUGAGUUAGCUAUGGAAAUCGUGUCGACAUCUGAAAGGAAACCUUCACCUUCAUGCUCUCAUGAACGUCCAUCAUUCACUCUGUUUGAUUCCUUCAAGAUGCACCGAACGCAGAGCCGCCGGCACGGAGCGAAACACCUCAAGAGAAAAAAGGCAUUGGUGUCGUCAGUCAAAGGAGUUUCACAUCUCUCCCGGCGAGCUAAGAGACGCUUAUAUUGUAAAUUACAGCUUUGGAUGUGGAGGAAGCGGAGGGAGAAAUGCCAUUUUGUUAUGUUCAGAGCGAGAAAAAGAUCUUGUGGGAUCAGCUACAGCCCCUGCCUCAGCGUAAAGACACAGUCGCAUAAAAAUAAAGUCCCAACGCGCUACUCACCAAACCGAGAAACUUCAGUCAGAACAGCAGCUUUUGUGUCUCCUCUCGGAUGUGAUACUGCAGGUUCAGAUGACACACUCAGAGGGAAGAAUGGCCUGCUGAAGUCCAGUGAAUCUGUCAGUCUGUCGGAAACGGCUUCCUGUUCCUCGCAGAGCCAGGUUACGGACACAAAUGAUUCUUCCGGUAACAUCAGUCAAACUGCUCCAACAGCUACGGCACCGUCUCAGAAAACUCAAACUUUGGUACCCAGUGAAAUUAAAGACACUUUGAAACUUUCUCAUACUGUCAAACCCCUAUUGAGUACAGACAGCGAUGGGUUAAGUGCACAUAUUAAAGAACCAAGGAUGACGACACCGGCUCAGAGGGUUGAGGUUGACGGCCCAUCGGGACAGUUUUCGACUGUCGUGUCACAUCAGGACCAGAUUACAAGCAGAGACACUCAUGACAGAGUCACCUUAAAGAAGACCUCUCAACUUGAUGUUGGCAUACUGACAAAGAACAUCCAUGAAUUUCUUGAUGACUUCUACAGAAUACACGGAAGUUUCAUCCCAUUAAAAAAGAGCGACGUGUUGAGACAUCUGAAGAGGAAGUUUAACACCGAUUUCUGCGACAGGAAAAAUUACAUUUACGCAGAAGUUUCUAAAUAUGGAACUUCAAUCGUCCAGAAGCCCGUUUCCUCCUUCCAGGUGGUCUACAAGAAGCACACACUGACACUGGAUGACUUGUUCACACUGGCAGAUCAGAACUGGCUAAACGAUCAGGUCAUGAACAUGUAUGGAGAAUUGAUUAUGGAAUCUGCCCAUCACAAGGUCCAUUUUGUCAACAGCUUCUUCCACAGGCAGCUCAUGACUAAAGGAUAUGAUGGUGUUAAGAGAUGGACAAAGCAGGUGGAUUUGUUUUCUAAGACACUGAUUUUGGUGCCGAUCCACCUGGAAGUUCACUGGUGUCUGGUGACAGCUGACAUUGUCAAAAAGAAGAUCUGCCUUUACGACUCUCAGGGGAACGCACUCCAGAAGGUUGCAAGGAACAUUCUGAAAUACUUGAUGACAGAAGCAAAAGAGAAGAAGCAAACAGAUUUUGAAAGAGGUUGGGCAGUGUCGUUCGAUGAGAAAAUACCACAACAGUCCAAUGAAAAUGACUGUGGAGUUUUUGUCUUGGAGUACUCUAGAUGCCUUGCUCUGGCAAAACCUCUGCAAUUUUCACAGAAGGACAUACCAAAGAUCCGCAAGAGGAUCUACAAAGAGCUCUGUGACUGUAAGCUCCAUGAACACAGCUGACAACUCUCUUACAGUUGUGUGUAUGUAUCACUGAUAAUAUGUACCGCUGCUAGUUAGGAUAGGUAAUCAGCAGUCCACAUUAGCAGCUCCAUAACAGCCUAAUGGCACUGUCACUGCAUAUGACUGACCCCAGAAGGUGUGUCUUAUAUCAGGAGCACUGUUCAUGCUAAAUCAUAAUCCUUUUUACAAUUACAAGGAUUAUUGUAUUUAUAUUAUGAAUAUUUAAUCAGGCAUGUAAUUAAAGGAAAAGAUCUUUAUGUUCCUAAUAGACCUUGACUUGGAGUUUACACAUUUACAGUGCACCAACAGAGCCUUAAUGAAUGGACUGCCGGUGUGAAUGGAUCUAAUCUAUUACAGUCCCUGUCUGUUAUUUAUUAUGUGUGCACGUUUUUGCAAAUUUUAGUUUAAUUUUGUUUUUUUUGAUGUUUGUUUGUAACAUAGUUUACCUGUUAGCACCUUUGGAGCCCCUACGGUUCUGAAAGGCAAUCACUUUUAUUUUGUGUGCACAGGUUAGUUAUCUUGUGGGAACAAGUUUUUGUCUUGAGUGCAAUGGUUAAUUUUUGUGGGAACAAGUUUUUGUCUUGUAGGAACAAGUUAUAAUCUUGUGUGAACAAAUAAUAAUCAUGUAA